AUGACCUGCUUCACGAAGGUCGCAAUGAGCAUACCGGACCUCCACCCUGAGGUCCAUCUGCAUGCCAUCAAAAGUGGACUUCGGCCAGGAAAGUUCCAAGAGAUCAUCGCUGUAGCCAAGCCAAAAACCCUUGCUGAGUUUUGCGAAAAGGCUAAGGGACAAAUAGAUAUUGAAGAGCUCAGACAAGCUUGGAAAGCUGACAAAUCACAAUACAGAGACAAGGAUAAGACGCCGAACAGUAAGAAAAAUUUUAAACUAACUUCUCGAUAUAAAUCCUACACGCAGUUCAACACAAAAUGGGAUGAUAUCAUCAAAGAGAUUCUCAACUCAAAAUUGAUCAAACCCCCAAAGAAGGCCGGUACCUACCUGGACACAAAGAAUGUGGACAAAUCCAAAUACUGCACUUUUCACAAGAAGCAUGGCCACACUACUAACGAAUUUGUGAUUGCAAAAGACCUUUCGGAGCGGUUAGAUUGGCAAGGUCAUCUGGAUAAGUACAUCAGUGGCCACAUGCAGCGGCGAGUCACAUCUUCUAAUGAAAAUACAUCAGCAGACCAACAACAUCGUGGAAAGGAAAAGGCGUCGUCGAGCCAAUAUGAACCACCUCGAGGUAUAAUCAACUAUAUCUCAAGUGGCUACGUAAAUAGAGGAGCAUCAAGCUCGGCCAGAAAAAGGUCUAUCCGAGCAAUGUAUUCGCUGGAGAGGUCUAAAAGCGAGCCUAAACCGCUUCCCCAUUUCCCGCAAAUGACUUUCACCCUCGCCGACUUCAAUUGCAACAUCCAGAAUUUGGACGACCCUGUGGUCAUAUCUCUUCAAUUGGAUGAUUUGUACGGCACUGAGCACGGCAGAACUGCAUGCAAUACAAGUUUUUUUACAAAAGCAAGCCGACCUGUUCGCCUGGAAAUCAUCUGA